CUUCUGCAAAUCUGGCUAGAACCAUUGACAUGUUGAUUGGGUUGAUCCACUUAGCUCCAUUUUGACCAUUCAGACCCUAUGGUUGGACCUCAAUAGGCCAUUACCAUCUUAUAGCAGAUGGAAUACGGAUAAAAAGGAAAAAGAACAAAGGGCUUUAACCGUUUAAGGACUCAAAUUAAUUAAUAAAUCACUCGAGCAUUGGGAAGCAGAAGAGUGGCGGAUUCCCCGUUCUUGUAUAUCCUGCAAAUAGAGCAGAGUUCCAGGUAAUCCCACCAGUUUCAGAAGAUUGGUCGAGCUUUCGUCUGCAUUUUCAGCUUCAUCAAUCGAUUUAGGAGUUGUGCCCAAACUUGAGGUUCUCAAACCUUGCUUCCUCUCCUUCUCUCUCACUCUCUCUUUCAAAUCUCCAACUCAAAGGAAACUGAGAAAAACCCCUUAUUCCACCUGCAACCCUGCUUCCGAAUCAACUUAUGUUGCAACAGCUGCUUGGCUAAGCGCGCUUAGCUUCUGAGGCUUUCAACUAGAGGUUGUGGGCUGCUCGUUUUGGGCUCUGCUCGAGGUGCGGCAUCUAUCUCCUGAAAAUCUAACAUCAGAAAAAAAAAAAAACAAAUCCUGUGAGUGUGUCCCCUCUCUGGCCAGCGAGCUCCCUCUCUGAAAAAUAAAACCUCCUAACCUGCGAUUUCUGAACCUGAAACCUUUCUCUGUCUCUACUGAAACCCUUCUAUCACAACCAUUUACUCUCUGUGAAAUCAUUUCUCACAAACCAGAGAUUUCUCUCCUAAAAUCUUUCCCUUUCCCAGCGAUUCUUCUCCUAAAGUUUCUCUAUUUCAACCGAAAUCUCUUCCAGCAACUUUCUUCUCAAAACCCCAUUUCCUCCUUGACCAUUCACACAGGGUUUUCUUCCCUCACUUCGGCAGUUCUCGACGUUGGUCGGUGAAUCAUCCCCUUCCUUGAGACUUGAAGUAUUGGGACUGAGUCACUUAGAACGCACUGAGCAGAGAGAGAGAGAGAGAAGGAAAGGAGCUGAAUAAUAUUUUUGCCAUCACCGUUGCUGUCCACGAGCCACCAAUGGUCGCUGCUUGCAGGUAUUCUCUGCCUUUUUCCAUCUAGGGUUUACGAUUUUUGGUUAUCCCUUCUGUUUUCUUUCCCGCUAGUUAUCGAUUUUCCUUUCUACUUUAUACCUGUAGUGGUGAGAAAGGGUGAGCUGAACAAGACUGCCAUCGGAGCUCUAACUUAUUGUCUUUUUUCUGGUGAAUGGAGCUCUGAUUUGCUCUUGCUUUUUCGCCAGUACCUGGUGGACAAACGGUAAAUUCCCAGAGAUACAAAUGUGUUCUUAGUUUCUUCAAUGCUUGUGCUUUUUUCAGCUUAUUUGCUUAACUGUUGUGUGAAUUUUUGGCUUUAUUGGUUCUCAGUGAUGGGUUUAGGGUUUUGAUUCAUGAGUUGCCAGUUCAUACACUUUAGUUUUACUUUAGAUUUUAAGCUUCGAAUCUUUGAGAUCGUCAUAUGCUUUUUGCCUUUAAUUUUUUAGUUUUCUUGAUUUUUUCGGAUUAAAACUGAAAAUUAUUGAGUUUCUAUUUAUUAUAAAAGAGAGUUUAUGACUUUUGAAGUCCAUGUUUGAGAACUCCCAACCCUUUUAAACAGAUGUCCUACUUGAAACUAGUUAGUAACCAUGCUAAUGAAAGACCAGUUCUCAACAAGACAACUAAGAACUAUUCUAACAGUUGGAUCACUCUAUAUCAUUAUCAGCUAGUUACAGCAUGUAAAGCAGCAACUGAAAACAACAGCAACACCUAACAGCAUGGUGUUUCAAAUCAUAGCAACCAUGCUUUGGAAUGAAACCUAACCCCUGGAGACACAAACAGUACCAGUAUCUUGUCCAUCGCAAGACAGAAAAAAUAGGCAGAAUACCGGAAAAAUUAAGAGCAACAGAAAUAACAAGUAAGUUACCCUGAUGGGACUCGUAUCUCAAUCGAAGGUAGGCCUUUUAGAGUUGAAUAACCCCUCUGUUUCUAAUUUCAUAAGCACCAACCCAGACAAGAACUAAAGAUUUGAAUUUGGAAAGAAAACAUAGAAGAACCCAACAGGUCUAGGUUUUCCUCUGUUCUGUUUCUACUUUCUCUGAGUAACAGAUAUUUAAAAGUUGCAAAUGAGUCCAUUAAUUGGUGUCAAUUUGUGAAUCGAGUCAAAUCAAAUUAGGGAAGUGGAAAUCCCAAUAUUUUCUCAGGCUGGUUGAUCAGUUUUGGGGUCCUUCUGAUCUCAAAUAUUUAGUUGAUGCAAUGCGAUCUUUCAUUCCAAAUGCUGCCAUGGUUCACACUCACAGCUUCAGAGUUGCACCUGGUGCUGAUGGAGCUGCCUUGGCUGAUCUUGCAAAGUUUGUAGAACCCAUUGUUCUUCUUAAUAAUGAGGUUGUCAAAAUAUCGGCAAUUCUUCUACAGCCAGGUUGCUCAGAAGUGCGUCACCAAAUGAAGGAAGACUCUUCCAUGUUGAAUGUAGAAGAGAAAAAGGAUCAGAUUUUGAAAUUCCCUGUAUUAAAUUCACAAGAUCCAAAUGGGAAAGCUCCACCUGUGCUAAAGCCCGGUGAUAUAUCUGUGGUUUAUGUUUGUGAAUUGCCUGAAAUUAAGGGAAAGUUUGAUCCUGCAAAAGCUGUUGCCCUUGGAUUGAAAGCUGGUCCCAAAUAUCGUGAACUAGAACUUGGGCACUCAGUCAUGUCAGAUCAUCAAAAUAUAAUGCCUUAUUUGCUUGGUUAUACCGGUUCAUCCAAGCGAUGUACUUGGUCCUUCAGCUCCUGGUCCUACUGUACUCCAGGAUUUUGGUCUCUUCAGCACCUAAAGAACUCCACGCCUGAGUACAUCACUUCAUGUGAGGUUUGUCAAUAUUUCAUAAUUUCCUUUUAGAAGAGAUGCUGAAUUGAUUACAAGAUUGAACUAUGUUAUGUUGAUAAGUUGGUAGUUACUGUAGAAAAACAGGGGAAUUAAGCAAAAUCAGUUUCUUCUAAAGUGUUGUGAAAUUUUUUCUGCUGAAAAUCUACUGAGGGCAUGGAGGCAAUUGACUGUAGAAACUUGUGAGGAGUAAGACUUAGUUGCUUAGUUGUUUGAUCUUUUAAAGAAUAUAAACAAUGUGAUAAUGUUGUUGCCCCAAAUUCAGUGCUCCUUGCCCCUGCUUCCCAUUCACUCUACCAUUCCAAGAAAAAGGAGCCUUUUCCAAAUCCUUACUGAAGAUAAUUGCCUUUUUUUUCAUAUAAUUUGUAAGAUCCAUAGUUUUAUAGUUCAAGAUGUAUUGCAAGCCAAAAACUCUUCUUGACCUAAUUUAUUAGUUCAAGAUGUUUUUGAUUACUUUUUAUGUUCUAUUAAUAUAUAUUCACUAUUUGUUCUUGACACUUUUUGUCCACUGGUUUCCUGUUACCUUGUUUCCGAACUCUUAUUUGUAACCAUUAUGAUGACUAGAGAUCUGACAGUAGUAGGGGAACUUGCUAAUAGCCUCAGCUUUCCUUAGGGUUGUGUCACUCAUUAGUUGGAGUCAUUAUUCUUUAGCUAAAAUGAUUUUCUUCUUAUAUUCUGGUGGAGUUCAUCCAUCUUUCAUCCAUCCUCAUUUGUUUCAAAUUGUAGCAUGGCCUUUAUUGUCAUUAUUAGUUAAUGUUCGCUUACUUUUCGUUUUUUAAAC